AUGAAGGUCAUUAUUGUUGGCGCGGGCCUAGGCGGCCUUGCCUGUGCUAUAUCAUGCCGCCGUGAAGGCUUGGAUGUGCUCCUAUUGGAAAGAGCCCCGAAGAUAUUGCCUAUCGGUGCGGGCAUUCAGGUGUCCGCGAAUGCCUCACGCAUUGCCCAUCGUCUCGGGGUCCUUCCAGUUCUCCUCGAACGAGCGAUACAGCCUGAAAAACUUGAAAUACGAAGAUAUGAUAAUGGCUCAGUCCUGUACAUUAGACCAGGCAGAGAAAACAUGGUGCAGAAGUAUGGAUCGCCUUGGUUCGUUAUCCACCGUGCCGACUACCACGAAAUCAUGAUGCAAGAGGCCAUAAGAUUAGGCGUGGACAUUCGCCUAGGUUGUACCGUUGAAGGUCUGGACUUUGAUAAGUCACAAGUCUUGGUGCAAGAUGGAGAGACAUUGAGCGCGGACGUAAUCAUUGGUGCCGAUGGCUUAUGGUCAACCACGCGUGAAAUUCUGCUGGGUCAUCAGUCUCCCCCUGUCGAAACCGGGGAUCUGGCCUACCGGGCUACUUUAAGUCGAGAAGAGAUCGAAGCACUGGACGACCCGGAGGUGAAAGCGAUCUAUGACAGACAGGUAGUUACCGUGUGGCUGGGCCCAGACAAGCAUUGCGUCUUUUACCCUAUAAGUCAGGGCAACACCUACAACCUAGUCCUUCUUCGACCGGACAAUAUGCCUGCAGGAGCUCGAACGGUUCAAGGGACGGUUGACGAGAUGAGACUCAGCUUUGAAGGCUGGGAUAACGUGCUCACGAAGAUUCUAUCCCAAAUAAAUUCUGUCCUGAAAUGGAAGCUUUGUCACCAUGAGGAGCUCGCCACUUGGACUAAAGGCUGCAUCACCCUUCUAGGAGAUGCCUGCCACCCUACCCUCCCUUAUCAAGGUCAAGGGGCCGCUAUGGCAGUCGAAGAUGGCGCUGUAUUGGGCAGGCUGCUUGGGUUGCUGGAUUCUGAGCCACUUUUCAAAGGAACAUCUGCGAAGUUUAUUCCGGAGAUUUUGAACCUAUACGAGGGCAUCCGGAAAUCGCGAACUACGAUCAAUGUUCAGGGGGCGACAGCGAACCGGUUCUGGUACCAUCUAGCGGAUGGACCUAUGCAAGAGAAGCGCGAUGUUGCUUUGCGAGGAGGACCCGACAGCACUGGUUGGUGCUUUCUGCGCCCAGACUACUGGAAUGAUCUUGUUGGCUUUGAUGCAGUUGCUGAUGCUGAAUGUGCUUUUGAAGAGUGGCUAUCUCAAAAAGGGGAGUCUAUCCAGUAA